GAACCUUCGCCCCCCCAACUCCCCAUUUCGAUGACUCCAAUGUACUGCUGUUUGUAAUGUAACCUUCUCCUCUCUCUCUCUCUCUCUCUCUCUCUCUCUCUCUCUCUCUCUAAGCUUUCCGGGUCUUCUCGCUGUCGCAGACACAAACACAACACGCUCUCUCUCUCUCUCUCUCUCUGUGCCCCUUUCAAUUCGAUUUUAAGCUGCUGCUGCGUCUUCAUUCUCCUCGAUGGCUCAUCUACUCAAGACCACCUUCAUAUCCUCCUCGCCUGCCCUCCGGCCCCGCAGAAUACCCGGCCACCGCGCCGGUAGAGUCUCCACCCACCCAGUCCAGGCCAAGAUCCGGGAGAUCUUUAUGCCGGCCCUCAGCUCCACGAUGACGGAGGGCAAAAUUGUUUCCUGGGUCAAGUCUGAGGGCGACAAGCUCUCUAAAGGCGAGAGCGUUGUCGUGGUAGAAUCUGACAAAGCCGACAUGGACGUCGAGACCUUCUAUGACGGCUAUCUAGCUGCAAUCGUGGUCGAGGAAGGCGGGGUCGCCCCUGUAGGAUCCGCCAUCGCCCUCUUGGCCGAGUCGGAGGAGGAGAUCGCGGAGGCCAAGUUCAAGGCGGGGAGUUCCGGGCUGCCUUCUUCCGACCAAUCUGCCGCUCCGGCGGCUCAAGAGACGGUGCCAGAGAAUGCAGGUCCCGCCACGCCACCUCCCCAAGCCGCAAAGGCGACAGCAGCAGCAGCUUCCGCUGGGUCAGCUGUGCACCCGGCCUCGGAAGGAGGUAAGCGGAUAGUGGCCUCCCCAUAUGCUAAGAAAUUGGCCAAGGAGUUGAAGGUGGAACUAGGGAGGAUUGUGGGAAGUGGUCCAAAUGGGAGGAUUGUGGCUAAGGACAUCGAGGCUGCUGCAGCGGAUUUGGCUGUUGCAGCAGCUCCGGCACCUGGGAGUGCAGCACCCCCUGCGGCAGCAGCGGUCGAGUUGGGAACAGUGGUGCCCUUCACGACAAUGCAGGGUGCCGUGAGUAGGAAUAUGGUGGAGAGUUUGAGCGUGCCCACAUUUAGAGUUGGGUACACUAUCACUACAGAUGCUCUCGAUGCCCUCUACAAGAAGAUUAAGUCCAAGGGGGUGACCAUGACAGCAUUACUUGCAAAGGCCACAGCUCUUGCAUUGGUUAAGCAUCCUGUUGUCAACUCUAGUUGCAGAGAUGGAAAGAGCUUCACAUACAACAGUAAUAUAAAUAUCGCAGUUGCUGUUGCAAUGGACGGAGGGUUGAUCACCCCUGUGCUUCAGGAUGCUGAUAAGGUUGAUAUAUAUUCCUUGUCAAGAAAGUGGAAGGAGCUGGUGGAUAAGGCCCGUGCUAAACAGUUACAACCUCAUGAGUACAACACAGGUACCUUUACGCUGUCAAACCUUGGGAUAUUUGGUGUGGAUCGAUUCGAUGCCAUUCUCCCUCCUGGAACUGGAGCAAUCAUGGCAGUUGGUGCAUCUCAGCCUACCGUCGUUGCCUCCAAGGAUGGGCGAAUUGGCAUGAAAAAUCAAAUGCAGGUAAAUGUUACAGCAGACCAUCGGGUAAUAUACGGAGCUGACCUGGCUUCAUUCCUGCAAACUCUGGCGAAGAUUAUCGACGACCCGAAGGAUCUUACUUUCUAAGCGCCACCCCUUCUGCCCACCAUUUGUUUUGAAGUUUCAGGCUUUCCAUUGGCACGCUAUCAGUUCAUGCAGGGAAGUUGGAAAGAUAAAUUGAUGAUAGAACUUUCCAUAAAAUUGGAAGCAGAUUUUUGAAGAGAUGCAGGACAUGGGGUUGAAGUGUUCCACUCGGGAGUUACCUAAAUACACACAUUUUUAGCUCUGUUAAUGUCAUUUUUGAAGUUCGAAUAAUUGAAUUUUGAUUCUUCACUGUUUGUAUUGUCAUUGGAAUUGCUGUCCUCUUUGGAAUUAAUGCUCUCAAGUUUGCUCAGGUAUAGCUAAAUUUGCUGCUA